GGAAAAGCAGAUGUGAAAUCUCUCAUGGCGAAGUUUAAUACUGGGGGCAACCUGACAGAGGAGGUCUCCGUUGGCAAUCGACCCUUCAAAGUAGGGCAUUCAUCCCCUUCAGGAAUACAGGCAAGGAAGAGUGUAUUUACCAACCAAGGAAAUGCCAGUCCACCUCCAGGGCCCAACAACUCAUCAAAGUUUGGGACUCCAAGGCCUCCUUUGGGAGUAAAGCCUUCAUAUGAGGAGAAAACUGACAAGGAUCCAAAACCCCCAUAUCUGAAACCUACUGGAGUAGGGCAGAGAUUUGGGACUCCGGCAAACUCAGCCAGUAGGGAGCCUGAAGGAAAAGUGGGAUUUCUGAAACCUGUAGGUCCUAAACCAUUCGACCAGCCAAAAGAAGAUGCCAAGCCCAUGUUUCCGAGGCCCUCUGGGAACAAACCAUUGCUUCAUUCUGUCAACCAAGAGAAUGACUUGAAAACUCCUAGUGCAAAGUCAGUUUUCAAUGCCCCAGCACAAGAAAAUGAACCUAAACCAGUAUUUCCAAAGUUGGCUGCGGCUAAAGGAAAGUUCAUCACUUCUUCACAAGACCAUGAUUCCAAGCCCCCUUUCUCCAAACCAGCAAUUGGGCAGAAACCUUCUGCCAAUACAGACACCUCCCAUGAAGACCAGAACCCCAACAAAAGCACAUUUCCGCAGAAAGGACCUGCAUUUGCCCCUCCCUCAAAGCCCAAAAUUAGUGCUCCCAAGCCAGGCAGGGAAGAUACAGAAAACAAAGACCAUACGACAGACACCCCAAACAUGCCUUUUCCCGGGGUGACUCUAAAGCCUGCUGCCAGCAGAGGUACCCCAGGCUCAAGCCCAAACCUCCCCAAAAAUACCGAAGAGAAAAAAGAAGAAAGGAAGAUAGAUGCAGCUAAGAAUGUAUUUAUGAGUAAAAUGAAUCAGGAAGACUCAGGCUCAGGUGCCCCUCCACCCAAGUUCUCGAAGCCACCUUCCAAGCUGGUGGUGGGAGGACCUUGGAACCAAAGUCAAGAAAAGGAAAAAGGAGAAAAGAAUUCAACUGCACCUAAGCAGAAGCCUUUGCCGGCCCUGUUUACCCUGGGUCCAGCCCCACAGAAACCCAACAGACCACCUACCGUUGACCUGGCAAGAUUCCGAAAGGCCAGCCCUGCAAACACUCCAAGCAAAGGAACAGCGCCUUACUCUGGAGCCACAACACCACCACCACCACCUCUACCAGCACAUCCUACCACUCAACCAGUUGCACCAGUCCCUCCAGUCCCUUACCCAACGCAACCACCAGUUCCAAGUCUACCUCCUAGAAAUAUCAAAAUUUCUUCUGAUCCAAAGACUCCAACAAAUGAAGAAAAUUAUGAUGAUGUUGAUAUGCCAUCCACUGAUCUUGGAAAUCCAGAUGAGGAUCAAGAAAGUGAUGGAGAAACAUAUGAAGACAUAGAAGCAACAAAAGAACGAGAGAAGAAGAAAGAUAAAGAAGAGAAGAAAAGACUAGAACAAGAGAAGAAAGAACAGAAAGAGAAAGAAAAAAAGGAACAAGAGAUCAAGAAAAAGUUCAAACUAACAGGACCUAUUCAAGUCCUCCAUCAAGCUAAGGCUUGCUGUGAUGUCAAAGGAGGGAAGAACGAGCUGAGUGUCAAACAAGGAGAGGAAAUUGAAAUAAUUCGUAUCACAGACAACCCUGAAGGAAAAUGGUUAGGCAGAACUUCCAGAGGCACAUAUGGCUACAUUAAAACAACAGCAGUGGAGAUUGACUAUGAUUCCUUAAAAAGAAAGAAAAAUUCGAUGAGCACUCUUCCAUCAAAACUCAUUGAAGAUGAUCAGGAGCUGUAUGAUGACGUUGCUGAACAUGGCAGUGUUAGCAGUCAUAGUCAAAGUGGAAGUGGAGGAAUGUUCCCAACUCAAGGGGAUGAAAUUUAUGAUGGUAUUGAAGAAGAUGAUGAUAAUGGCUCCACGCUACAGGUCGAAGAGAAGAGUAAUCCAUGGACCUGGGGGAUUUUGAAGAUGUUAAAGGGAAAAGAUGACAAAAAGAAAAGUAUACGAAAGAAAUCUAAAGACACUGAGUCAGACAGUAACGAAGACGUAGCUUUCCCUUCUCCUCCAAAGCAGCUUGGAUUGGAUGUAGGAGAUGAAGUCUAUGAUGAUGUGGAUUCAUCUGACUUCCCUGCUCCACCCAUUGAAAUCAGCCCAGGAGUGAACUUUGGCAAAGGCAGGUUAGAAGAGAAAGACCUAAAGAAGUUGAAAAAGCAAGAAAAAGAAGAAAAGGAAUUCAAGAAAAAAUUCAAAUUUGAUGGUGAAAUUAGAGUCCUCUAUACAACUCAAGUGGUGCCUACCUUAACAUCUAAAAAAUGGGGAACCAGAGAUUUACAGUUGAAGCCUGGGGAAUCUCUUGAAGUCAUACAAAGCACAGAUGAUACAAAAGUUCUGUGCAGGAAUGAAGAAGGCAAAUAUGGCUAUGUCCUUCGGAGCUGUCUGGUGGACAAUGAAGGAGAGAUCUAUGAUGAUAUUGCUGAUGGUUGUAUCUACGACAAUGACUAGUAGCUUUCCACUUUAGAAGCUGACUUCAUUGAAUUCUUUUUUGAAGCAUUUACAGUUUUAAUUAACAUAUAAUUAAGAUGUAACAGCAGAUGAAUGAACAAAAUAUACUUUACUAUCACUUCCUUUUUGUUACUAAAGCAUAAUUCUCACCAUAAAGAACUGGAAAUUGGGGCCCUUUUGAGUUAAGUUUUUUCUGAACAAACAUCCCAGUGGGGUUCAUCAAGGAAGCUAUGCACAUCACCUUUAGCUACCUAUUCAACAUUUCCAAGGAUACACACGAUUUAUUGAUAAACAUCUAUGACAGUACAUAAAAAAGGAGUAUCAAGUGAAAAACACAGGGGAAAGAAACCCAUCAUAUUCACUUAUGAUUUAAAUAAAGAAAAUAAACAUAAAUUGGCAUCUGAGAAGGCA